GAAAAGCCUGCACAUCCCAGCUCUAGGCAAUCGUUCCUGUAGCUUCUCCAUCAAGGAAAAGCCAAAUACAGAUGUAUCCUCUCUCCAGCUACCAGUGAGGUCCACUGUCCCUGGACAUGUUUCAGUACCUCCUCUCGUCCUCGCCAUCCGUAACCUGAUGUGUUACAUCCAACCACGGCAUUUGCAAAGCUGCCUCAGGAAACUGAGGCUUUCAGUUUAAUGAAGCAUUUCUUUGAAGUCAUGCUAAGCGACUCUGCUGCACAUCUGCCUGCCUGCACGGGGCAGGCCACUUCAACUUCCUUUUCUGAGGGAGCACCAACAGAGAUACUUAUUCACCAGAACUUCAUCAAGUGAAGAUGAAAGCAAGGUGGCUCUUCUCUCUGUUUUGUUUGCUCUCAGUGCCCAGUGUCACAGGCCAGACUGCAGAUGUCAUUACCCAGACAGAAGUGGUCCAUGCUCUGCCAGGUGCUGAUGUGACCCUGGUGUGCAUGCUCCCAAAACCACACACCACCGAGGUAAUACAGACGCAGUGGUCCAAGACUAAUGGCAGCCUGUCUACCAAAAUAGCUGUAUAUCACCCCGAUUAUGGCACCCAUUACUUCAAGUUUUCUGUGGCUCCUUACAACUUUUCGGUGUCCUUCAGCACGAGGAGGUGCUGCCGUGGGGAUGACAGAGAGUCCUUGUGUUCCACCAAUCCAAAUACCACCUCUGACUGCAGUUGGUGGGAUCUGCAUCUGAAAAAUGUUACCAUGUCCCUUAGUGGGCAGUACGAAUGCACUUUUGCUACUUACCCAUAUGGGACAAAGGCUGCAAAAAUUCAACUUAUUGUCAAGGCAGCAGAGGAGAGGCACUACCUGAAGAAAGUGUGGUUAAACGAGACUUUAGAAAUUCCAUGCCUUGAGGACGUGACCUCAGAAAAUUUGUCCACUUAUCCUUUGAAAUGGCUAGUGGGUGAAAAUGGCAGGAAAGAGGAACUUGUGACCAAGGAGCCCUCCUGUCCUGCUGUGUACAGGAACAGCAGCAUGCUGUACAGGCACAGAGUCCUCCUGGGUUUCAACAAUGCCCUAAAGAUUUCCUCCCCCAAAAUCACUGAUGAUGGCAGAGUCUUUUCCUGCCAUGUGCUGUACCACCCGGAGAGAGUCCAGAAGAGCAGCACCACUGUGAGAGUAUUUGCUUACCCUGAGAUCUUCAUUAGCCUGCAGGAGGGCUCAGCCAGCACCUCGCAGAAGCCUAACGUGAGCUGUGUUGUGAGGAAGGCAUUUCCCAAGCCGAGCCUCCUGUGGUACAUGGAUAGAGUGGGCCUGAUGGAGCAGCCUGGAGAAAUUUCUGUGGUACAAGAAGACUGGCAAGACAAUGAAGGUUUCUAUGAGUUGAGAUCAACGCUGAUGCUGCAAGGGACCCAUGAGACAUAUAAGAUGUUCUCGUGUGUGUGUCUGUUUCCCUUCCCAUGGAAUGAAACAAGGAAUAUUUCGUCAGAAGAAAUAUUUGUUUCCUUCGACAAUAAGUCUAAUGAAGCCUCAGCUGAAGUUUUUACUACCACAAUUUCAGAUGAGCACCAGACAUCUCUGGCCUCUCUGGAUUUCACAAGUCAAGCAAAUUUGGCUCCUGCUUCCACAACACAAGCAGGAACACUGACUUCUACCACAGAGGCAAAAGGCUACAUCAGUGCUACAGCAAUCAGCGAGACUUUGACAACAGCACGUAACCUGUCCUACAGCAUCACAGACCAGACAAUUUCAGCUACUGGAGGAAAAGAUUUGUUUACUACCAGCAGCCUGCUGAACAGUACUGGUGACAAGAGGAAUACCAAAGCCAGUCGCUUUCCCUGGCCAACAGUAGUAGCUGUCCUGCUCCUCUUCUGCAGCUCUCUAGUGGCUCUAGGCAUCAGGAAAUGGUGUCAGUACCAGAAAGAGAUUAUGAACAGACCUCCAUCUUUCAAGCCACCGCCGCCUCCAAUAAAGUACACCUCCAUGGUGGAGUCUGAUGGGACUCCCCCAUCCUGCCAUGAACUGGAAAACCUGUAACAUCACCCACACCCCUUGUGUAGCACACAGAAGACUGACACAGUUAAAAGGUUCUGCCUUUAGAACAGUGAUUACAGGAGCUUGGUGUUAAUGACCCAUAUUGAAAUUCAGAGCUCCUAUAUGACAUUAAUUUUGGCAGCUGAGCACUCCUUAGGACACUCCCUUCAUCCCAUGUAUCUCUAGGUACGCACUACAUUAACACCAUCGUGAGUGUCACUGUGAGAUUACAUGUGCUUAAUUUGAACUGGGUGAUUGACUGGGAAUUUGCUGUCUUGUCCAUAGCAGCAGAUUCACACAUCACUCUGCCAGCCUGACUGAAGUGUUGAAGCUUGUCCAUCUAUUAAAUGUAUAGAGAUGACAGCUCUGCCGUAUGGACACCACAGUUACAUGGGAAAGAGUGGCUGAACACAAGAUUUUGAGACCUACAUGAGCUGUUCUUGCAAUUAUUUAUUUUUAUUGUGGACUAACAUAACCCAACAUAUAAUUUUCUAUCACUGUGAAACCAAAAGAAAGAAUCAGCACCAAACACAGAAAGAAAACAUUCUGCAUCUCUUGGCACAGGAUUGCAGCACCGGAUCAUGGAGAGUGGCUGGUGAGAUGAAAGGUCAUGGUGCAGGCCUGGUGCAAGUGUAUGCAAAGAAGUCUCAUUGUCAUCGGUGAAGUCACAAGAAAGCCAAUUUUGGGCUCAUGUACAAGUCACCUGCGGGCCAGAGACUUAAGGACUGAAGCAAGCCUAAAGAUAAUGGAAAAUUCUAGUCCUUUUGAAAGGCCUUUGAAAUUGUACUUACUUUUAAGUCUGCGCUUCAGGAAUUAUAUUUACAGUAUACAUUAAAAAAAAAGAGAAUUUAAUAAUUUUAAUUUGGUCUUAA